AUGAUCAAUUCAGCUCGAGGUCUCACUAUGAGAGCCUUCCGCACACAAUGCCGUUUCGCGAGCUCUACACCUCGAACUCCCCGCCCUAAUAUCAAAACGCCGACAUCUCGACCCCCACCAAAGAUCUCGAAACCCUACAAACCCAAACCUCGACCUGAAUAUAUCCCGAAACCCUCCUCCACAUCCACCUCAUCCUCGUCCUCGUCCUCCGCUUCGUCGUCUCCCCAGCAAGCCGAAACUCUUCUCGAUCUCUGGCGUGCAACAUGGCUUCCUCUAACAGGAGCAGCUCUACUCGCCGGUGCUCUCGGCUUCUACAUCUUCGGAACAGCUGCCGCGUCCUUCAAAGCGACACCCUGCAGCGGCGAAUGCGAACACGCUACCCCUACUGGUCGACCACCAGCCCUCGAUGGCGAUAACGCGGAACAGUUCGACAAGGAGCUUACUCUUCCCGAGUGGUGGAUGGGCAUCACAAAGUUACGAAAGCGCUUAGCAGAACGCGCGGACGGACAUGUACUGGAGUUGGCAAUGGGCACAGGUCGCAACCUGGAAUACUUCAACUGGGAGCCAUUGAACAUGCGCGUGGAAGGGAAACUCAGCAAAUUCGGCAGUAAGAUCCCUCGAGGUGUUUUGUCAUUCACCGGUCUCGAUAUUUCGGUCGAUAUGCUCGAUGUAGCUCGAAAACGCCUGGUCAAAACUGUUCCGCCUAUGGAAGGGUCUGAUCCCAUUGUCCGCGCAUCUACUAUGGCCGACCAUACCGGAGGACAAUUAUCGUAUCUCAACGAUCAACUCCGAUUAAUUCAUUCCGACGCACAUCAUCCGAUUCCCGGGCCGGCGACCCCUGCGACCACGAAAUACGAUACGGUUAUUCAAACAUUUGGCCUGUGCUCCGUGUCUGACCCUGUCGCUGUCGUCAAUAACCUGGCCAAGGUUGUCAAGCCAGGGUCAGGUCGCAUAAUUCUCCUCGAGCACGGCAAGGGCUGGUAUGGUAUUGUUAAUGGUCUCCUCGAUCAAAAUGCUGGCAAACAUUUUGCGAAAUACGGCUGUUGGUGGAAUCGCGAUAUCGAGGCUCUCGUCGAAGAGGCAGCAAGCAAAACACCAGGCCUUGAAAUCGUCAAGGUGGAACGGCCCAACUUUCUACAAAUGGGCACCUUGGUCUGGGUCGAGUUACGCGUGAAUGACAAGACUUGA